AACUCUUCAAUCUCUCCCGCAGGAGUCCGCAGAUCCUACACGUUUGGCCCGACGGGAGGCGGCUACGAGAACCCAGUGGGGCAGCAAGUGAGCCUGGAGCACAUCAAUAACAAUGCAUGGGAUCACCAUUCGCACUCGUCCAGCUUCACGUCCGCCGACGCACCGGACGGGAUCCCGGCGUUGCCGCUCCUCCAGCCACGGCCCGUGGUCCUCCAGGGAAUGCAGGUCCGCCGGGUACCGAUGGAGAUUCCGGAGUUGGAUUUUCUGGAUCAGGAGUCGCUCCACGAGUCGCAGGAGAACACGCUGAUGAUCGAGGAGAAGAGCCGGAGUAAGCAGUACUACAAGUUCUGGCUGCUGCCCUGGAAGUGGACGCGGAUCCGCUACGAUCGACUGGCCUUGCUCGCUCUGCUGGACAGAAACCGGCAGGCCUUGGAGAACGUGGUUGCAGUCGGGCUGGCGGCGUUGGUGGCCUUCCUGGGGUUCAUGCUGCUGCUGGAGGGCUUCUUCCGCGACAUCUGGGUCUUCCAGUUCUGCCUGGUCAUCGCCAGCUGCCAGUACUCGCUGCUGAAGAGUGUUCAACCUGAUGCAGCCUCUCCCAUGCACGGCCAUAACUGGAUCAUCGCCUACAGCCGGCCCGUCUACUUCUGCCUGUGCUGCGCGCUGAUCUGGGUCUCCGACUUUGCCAGCCAGAGCGCCCACCUGCAGCCCAUCAGCCUGUACGGCAUCACCCUCUUCUCUGCCCAGUCCUUUGCCUGUGCCCGGGAUGUGGUCGUCGUAUUCACCCUGUGUUUCCCCGCCAUUUUCCUGCUGGGCCUCAUGCCUCAAGUCAACACCUUCUUCAUGUACCUGUUGGAGCAGCUGGACAUGCACGCGUUCGGGGGCACUGCCACGACCAGCCCCGUGUCGGCGCUGUACAGCGUUGUGCGCAGUCUGCUGGUCGCCGCGCUCCUGUACGGAUUCUGUUUCGGCGCCGUUAAGGUCCCAUGGGAGCCCCAGCACGUGCCUGUCCUGUUCUCUGUGUUCUGUGGCCUCCUGGUCGCCCUGUCGUACCACCUCAGCCGGCAGAGCAGUGACCCCAACACCCUCUGGUCCUUGAUCCGCUCCCGGUUCUUCCCUCAACUGGACAAUCGGAACCCCGAGGAUCCACUGUUGGAAAUCCAGGAUCCGCUCCCGGCUAAGCUGGGCAGCUCUUUGCGGGAGAUCCUCCACUCCGACCUGGUGAUGUGCCCGGUGAUCACCAUCAUAACCUUCGCCAUCAGCGCCAGCACCGUGUUCAUUGCGCUUCAGCCGGUGCUCAGUUACGUGCUGUACGCGCUGGCCGGCCUGGUGGGGUUCCUGACGCACUACCUCCUGCCUCAGCUCCGCAAACAGCUGCCCUGGUGCUGCCUCUCACACCCUGUCCUCAAAUCCAGGGAGUACAGCCAGUUCGAGGUCAGAGGCGCGGCGCAGCUGAUGUGGUUCGAGAAGGUCUACGCCUGGCUCCAGUGCAUGGAGAAGUACUUCAUCUACCCCGCCGUCAUCCUCAGUGCCCUGGCCACGGACGCUAGUGCUGUCAGCAGCCGCCACAAGCUGGGCAGAUUCAGCGACCCGCUCUUCAUUACGGUGGCCGGGAUGAAGCUCCUCCGCUCGUCGUUCUGCUGCCCCUGUCAUCAGUACGUCACGCUCAGCUUCACCGUCCUCUUCUUCCGCUACGACUACAGCGUCUUCUCCGAGACCUUCCUCCUCGACUACUACUUCAUGUCCAUCCUCUGCAGCAAGCUCUGGGACUUGCUGUACAAGCUGCGCUUCGUGCUGACGUACAUCGCCCCGUGGCAGAUCACGUGGGGUUCUGCAUUCCACGCCUUCGCCCAGCCCUUCGCCGUUCCCCACUCGGCCAUGCUUUUUGUCCAGGCUGUUCUCUCUGCCCUCGUCUCCACUCCUCUGAACCCCCUGCUGGGCAGCGCCGUCUUCAUCACCUCCUACGCCAGGCCGGUGAAGUUCUGGGAGCGGGAUUACAACACCAAGCGAGUCGAUCACUCCAACACCAGGCUGGCCACUCAGCUGGACAGGAACCCAGGAGCAGACGACAACAACCUGAACUCCAUUUUCUACGAGCACCUGACCCGCUCGCUGCAGCACAGCCUGUGCGGGGACCUGCUGCUGGGCCGCUGGGGCAACUACGCCACGGGCGACUGCUUCAUCCUGGCCUCCGACUAUCUCAACGCCCUGGUGCACCUCAUCGAGAUCGGCAACGGCAUCGCCACCUUCCAGCUGCGGGGGCUGGAGUUCCGAGGCACGUACUGCCAGCAGCGCGAGGUGGAAGCCAUCACGGAAGGCGUGGAUGAGGAUGAGGGUUGCUGCUGUUGCGAGCCGGGCCACGUGCCCCACAUGCUGUCCUUCAACGCUGCCUUUGGCCAGCGCUGGCUGGCGUGGGAGGUCGCUGCCACCAAGUACGUGCUGGAGGGCUACAGUAUCAGUGACAACAAUGCUGCCUCCAUGUUGCAGGUCUUCGACCUCCGCAAGAUCCUCAUCACCUACUAUGUGAAGAGCAUCAUCUACUACGUGAGCCGCUCGCUGAAGCUGGAGGAGUGGCUGAGCAACGAUGCGAUCCACGAGGCCCUGCGCCCCAGCUCCAACCCCGGCUACGCCGACAGUGACCCCACCUUCAACCACAACAUCGACGAGGACUACGACCACCGCAUGCAGGGCAUCUCCCUGGCCUCCUUCUGCAACGUGUACCUGGACUGGAUCCAGUACUGCACCGCACAGCGCCACAAGCCCGUGGAGAGCGACAGGGAGUCCCGGCUGAUCACCUUGUGUUUCGGGCUCUGUAUUCUGGGCCGCAGAGCCCUGGGCACCGCCUCGCACAGCCUGUCGGCCAGGUAA